AUGAAAUUAAUUAACAAUUCAAUAAUAUAUUCUUCACUAAUAAUAUGUUACUCUAUUAAUCAAGUCCAAAGUUUGUUUGCACCUGUUCAAGAUCCUUUCUCAACAGAUAAAUAUUCAAUCAAUUAUAUAUCUAAAAAUAAAUGGCUAAGCUCAAUUGAAAAUAACCAGACCGCCUUGGAAAAUGGGUCUAUUAUUAAAAUAAAUGAUUAUUCAAAAUGUUUUAUACCAACAAAUAAAAAUUCCGGUUCUAAUCUAUUUCAAAAAGAUUUGACUUCAGACCAAUUAGAUGAAAUAUAUCAAGAAAGUUUAAAAAAUGCAAUGGAAAUUAUUACAAAUGAUUUAAAAGGCUACUGUAUGGUCUACGCUAAUGGGUUUUGGACAUAUCAAUACUGCAUAGGUAACUCUUUUACUCAAUUUCAUGGUGUACCUGGAACAACAAAUUCUUUAUUCUAUACUCUAGGUAGAGCUCCACCAAUGGAAGUGGAUAUUCAAAAUUCAAGGAGGUUACAAAAGAAAAAUAAAACCAAAAAAAUAUUAACACAUGAUGAUGAUUUUCAAUUGUUAUAUAACGAUUUCGAAUACUACAUUAGUGAAAUUAUCGAAAAUGGUCAAAUUUGUGAUUUAACAGGUUUACCAAGAGUUACAGAGGUUCAAUACGUUUGUGGUUCUGCUUUUGGAGAGGCUGCCAUUCAAUGGGUUAGAGAAGUGAAAACCUGUGCAUAUGAAGCUCAAAUUGCUGUCCCAGCAUUGUGUGAUCUAGAAUUAUUAUCACAAAGUAAAGAUAAAAAAAGUGCCAAACAGAUCUAUUGUACUAAUGAAGAAAAAGAUAUUACUAUCAAUUCAAAACAAUCAAUAUCAGAUGUAUUACCAAAAUAUUCACCAUAUUUCUUAGGGCAUGGCCUUUACCUUUUAAACCCACAUGAAAAUAUACCAGAAUUAAAUACAUCUGUUAUUUUAUACACUGGGGACGUAGACUUGCUCUAUGACGAACAAACAACAUUAUCGGACUUAUACGCACAUCUGUCAAAGGCAAUUCCAGUUAUGUUAUUCCAUCAGGCUUUAACUUUGCCAAAUGGUGCAAGAUUUCAAGAAGGUGAUGCAUUCCAAUGGAUCGCAGAAAUUGUUGAUAUGAAUUUUAAUCACAUUAAAAACGUAUUCGUUGAUAUCGGAUCAGACGGUAUGGCGAACUUUGUCAUAGACGAUAAAACUGAGUUCCCUGACGAGGGGAAUUUUAUAUACGUUGCAUAUGGUGAAAGAAUCGAUGGAACUAAGGGAAGUAGACGCGUCAAACAGGAAAACAAGAUUAAUAGGCCAAAAUUUAAAACUCUAAAAGCUACUCAAGGAGCUCCAACAGAACUUCAAAAUCAGGAAAAUGAAAAUGAUCUCACUGUUGCAUAUGUGGAUGAAACUGCUACUUUCCGAAAUAAUAAAGAAAUGAUUGAUGCUAUAAUGAAUAUCCUAACAAAAGAACCAAAUUUGCAACCCUAUCUAGAUUCCAAUGCAGAAGAAAAGGAAAAUAUUGAAGAAAUAAAAAUUGAAAUCAUAGAUCAUACUCCCGAGUUUAUAGAUGACCCUCGCUAUAAUGAGCAAGAAAAAGAGCAAGAGAAUAAUGCUCUACUGCACUCGGUAGACAAUACUCAUGAAAAUAACUUAGAAGAGAAUAAUUCUGAACAAGUGCUUGAAGAGAUUGAUAGCACUUCAUAUUUGGCUAGAACUGAAAUAUCUGAUGAUCACACGGAGCAUAUUGAAGAAAUGAAACUGAAUGAAGAAGAUUCUAACUCUAACAUUGGAAGUAAUGUGUUGGAGGAAUACACUAAUGAAAAAGGGAAAUUAAAUGUAGAAGAAGCUACAGAAAAUUUUAACGACAGACAAAUUUCUCAGUAUGUGGAAGAUCUAAAACAGAACAGUAUCGUUGAAGAGAAUAAUAUUAAUACCGCUGAAAAAGUGAUCAUGGAUCAUGAUAAUAUACCUAACAAACUUAAUAUAGAGGAUCCUGAACGUCCAACAAUAUAUGAGGAAGAUCUAAUAUCUACGAAUCAUAUGAAUGAUGAAAAUAAUGAGAUUGAGGAUAUUAUAAUAGAUCAAGACUGGCAAGAAAAUUUUAACAUCAAUAAACAAAUUUCUGAACUAGCUUCUAACAACGAAGAAGAAUACCAACACAAUGAUCAAUCUUUUGAAAGUAGCACUGAAACAUAUUUGAACGGCCCUUCAGAUAAUACUAAUAUCAAGCCAGAAAAUACAAAUGACUCUUUAGAGGCUGAAAAUGAGAGAUACGAACAGUCCAACGAAAUGUAUACUGACGAAAUAAAUGAGAAUAUUGAAAAUAUUGUGGAGGAUAGUAGAAAAGAUGAUGAAAAUACAUAUGAUGGCAUUACACCAGAAAUAUCUUCCUUGGGAAAUCAAGUCAAUGAUGAACAGCACGACGAUAGCAAACAAUCACAUGCCCACCAGCAGGAGGAACAAUCUGAUAAGAACAAACAGGAAACUCAUUCUCAAUAUGCCGAGCAAGAAGAACCAGAUGCUUAUAUGGAAUAUGUAGAGCAAGAAAAAAUAAAUUUUCAAGAUCAAGUUGAUAUGCAACAAUAUCGAAACUCUGAGAUACAACAGGAAGAACAUAUUGCGUCAACCACUUCAUUAGCAGAUCAGGCAUCGCUUGAACCAACAAUUUUAGAUGAUAAACAUAUAUCUGUUGAGGUUACUGAUAUUUCAAAACAAGUAGAUGACAAUUAUGAGCUACGUGAUGAGCUAUGA